UUGGGAACGUCAUUUAUUCGCCUGCGAGUGAAGUGACGUAUGUUUAGUGCGCGGCAGUGACAAAGGGAAUCUGAAGAUAAUGGAGGAAAUCGGUAUCGUCAUAGAGAAGGGAAGCGGGCAGGAGGAAGCUCCCUCUCUGGUUACCUCUAGACCACUUACAGCCCUUUCUUUCUUGGGUCCAGAGCCAGAGGACUUGGAGGAUUUAUAUAGUCGAUACAAGAAAUUGCAGCAAGAAUUAGAGUUCCUUGAGGUCCAGGAAGAAUAUAUUAAGGAUGAGCAGAAAAAUCUCAAAAAGGAAUUCCUGCAUGCACAGGAGGAGGUAAAACGAAUCCAGAGUAUCCCACUCGUCAUUGGCCAGUUUCUGGAGGCUGUUGACCAGAACACGGCUAUUGUGGGUUCAACCACAGGGUCUAAUUACUACGUUCGAAUCUUGAGCACUAUUGACCGUGAGUUGCUGAAGCCCAAUGCCUCUGUUGCACUUCACAAACACAGCAAUGCUCUGGUUGAUGUUCUUCCACCUGAGGCUGACAGCAGUAUCAUGAUGCUGACCUCAGAUCAAAAGCCAGAUGUGCUUUAUUCUGAUAUUGGAGGGAUGGAUAUUCAGAAACAAGAAGUGAGAGAGGCAGUGGAGCUUCCACUUACACACUUUGAACUCUAUAAACAGAUUGGAAUCGAUCCUCCUAGGGGAGUGUUGAUGUACGGCCCCCCAGGUUGUGGAAAGACUCUUCUAGCUAAAGCUGUAGCUCAUCAUACAACAGCUGCUUUUAUCCGUGUGGUGGGCUCUGAGUUUGUUCAGAAGUACUUGGGUGAGGGCCCUCGAAUGGUGAGAGAUGUUUUCAGGCUUGCCAAAGAGAAUGCGCCCGCAAUCAUCUUCAUAGAUGAGAUAGAUGCUAUAGCCACAAAACGAUUUGAUGCACAGACAGGAGCUGACCGAGAGGUACAAAGAAUUCUGUUAGAGCUUCUAAAUCAGAUGGAUGGAUUUGACCAGAAUGUAAAUGUGAAGGUUAUCAUGGCAACAAAUAGAGCAGACACUCUUGAUCCAGCUCUCCUGCGUCCUGGUCGCUUGGACAGAAAAAUAGAAUUCCCUCUGCCGGACCGCAGGCAAAAGCGCCUUAUUUUCUCAACCAUCACCAGCAAGAUGAAUCUGUCUGAAGAAGUGGAUUUGGAAGAUUAUGUGGCGCGACCUGAUAAGAUAUCUGGAGCUGAUAUUAACUCAAUUUGUCAAGAGGGUGGGAUGCUGGCUGUCCGAGAAAACAGAUACAUUGUAUUGGCUAAAGACUUUGAGAAAGCGUAUAAAACGGUGAUCAAAAAAGACGAACAGGAACACGAGUUCUACAAAUAACCGUCACUUCAUGCUUCUCCAUCCUGGAUGUUCCUCAUGUUAGAUGUCUUACCAUCCCUUAUUUUGAUUGCUGCCUCCUAACUGCAUUUUGUUAUAAUAAAUGUGACAGAACGGUCAAUUAAAAACCUCUGGUAUAAUUUAA